AUGCGAUGCAGAGCCGUCGACAAUCAUCUCAAGAAUGGUCUUAAAGUGGGAAUCGGUUCCGGAAGUACUAUAGUGUUCGCCGUCCAGAGGAUCGCGCAGAAGGGUCUCGACGUGAUCUGUGUUCCCACAUCUUUCCAGUCAAAGCAAUUGAUUCGCGACAAUGGCUUACGUCUAAGCGAUUUAGAGGAAUGCCCGCAAUUGGAUGUUACCAUUGAUGGCGCCGAUGAGGUAGACGUGGAGUCUCUCGUGCUGAUCAAAGGCGGCGGCGCAGCGCUCACUCAGGAGAAGAUAGUUGCGAGCGCUUCCAAAGAGUUGAUUAUUGUCGCCGAUUAUACCAAAGAAUCGUUAGAUUUGGGACAAAAGUGGACAAAAGGACUGCCCAUUGAAGUGAUUCCAAUGGCUUAUAAGGUUGUGAUCGAUAAGAUCGAGAAGUCCUAUAAAGGAACAGCUGUUCUUCGUAUGGCUAAAGCCAAAGCGGGUCCAGUGGUUACAGAUAACGGAAACUUUAUAAUUGAUUGGAUAUUUCCGGCCAAAGUUGGGAAUGAGAAAAGGGAUAUCAAGUAUUGGUCUGAACUGAACACUAAUAUCAAAAUGAUUACAGGAGUGGUAGAGACGGGACUCUUCAUUGGUAUGACAUCGCGGGUAUACUUUGGCCAAAACGACGGCUCAGUCACUACUUUCCCCAAACAAUAGUUACUUUUAUUUUAGUCAUUAUUUUAAACACUUUUUUAAACAAUGAUUUUUAUACUCCAAUCGUGUUUUACAAGAG